CCCUCUUUCUCUCUGUGUGUGUAUUAAUUUCGAAGACGGAGAAAAGUAAGCGUCUUUUAUUUUCGGGUUCUCUGCUCUGCUUCUGCAGGAAUCUUAUAAACCCUUUCUCUUGCUCUCUCUCUGUCUCUCUCUGUCUCUCUCUGUCUCUCUCUGUCUCAAUCUUAUCUCUUUCUCACUUCGAAACCCUGCAAGUGUAAAAGUGGAAAUGGCGUUUGAGUUGCCAAACGAUUUCAGGUGCCCAAUCUCCCUGGAGAUUAUGUCUGACCCGGUUAUCAUCCAAUCGGGUCAUACUUUCGACCGAGUCUCUAUCCAACGGUGGAUUGAUUCCGGCAAUCGAACUUGUCCAAUCACCAAGCUCCCCUUGUCGGAAACCCCUUCUCUGAUUCCCAAUCACGCCUUAAGGAGCUUAAUUUCAAACUUUGCCCAUGUGAGCCCAAAGGAAUCACGUCCUCGGACUCAGCAAGAACACUCUCAGUCUCAAUCUCAAUCUUUAAUCUCCACUCUCGUAUCUCGAUCGUCGACUUACGAGUCAAGGCUCGAAUCGCUGACCCGCCUUGUCCGUCUCACGAAGCGAGACUCGUCAAUCCGGAGGAAAAUCACUGAGUCAGGCGCGGUUCGCGCGGCUCUAGACUGUGUUGACUCGGGUAAUCAGGUUUUACAGGAAAAGUCUCUCUCUUUGCUUCUGAAUCUCAGUCUUGAAGAUGAUAACAAAGUGGGUUUAGUCGCUGAUGGAGUGAUUAGACGGAUCGUUGCUGUAUUACGGAUCGGGUCACCCGAUUGCAAAGCGAUUGCUGCUACUCUGCUCACGAGUUUAGCUGUUGUGGAAGUGAACAAAGCCACAAUUGGAUCAUACCCUGAUGCAAUCUGUGCUCUUGUUUCUCUUCUCCGGCAUGGAAAUGACCGGGAAAGAAAGGAAUCUGCAACGGCUCUUUACGCUCUUUGCUCGUUUCCGGAUAAUCGAAAACGGGUUGUGGAUUGUGGGUCGGUGCCAAUUUUGGUUGAAGCAGCUGAUUCAGGGCUAGAGAGAGCAGUGGAAGUGUUGGGGCUUUUGGUUAAGUGUAGAGGAGGAAGAGAAGAAAUGAGCAAAGUAAGUGGCUUUGUUGAGGUUUUGGUUAAUGUUUUGAGGAAUGGGAGUUUGAGAGGGAUUCAGUAUUCUCUGUUUAUCCUCAAUUGCUUGUGUUGUUGUAGCCGAGAUAUCGUUGAUGAUGUGAAGAGAGAAGGAGUCAUAGAGAUAUGCUUUGGUUUGGAGGACAAUGAGAGUGAGAAAAUCAGGAGGAAUGCUACUAACUUAGUCCAUACUUUACUUGGGUAUCCAAUGGAUUCUUGAUUUUGGGAGUGUGAAAAUGGAAGUUUAAAAGAUCAGUUUUUGUCUUCGGUGGCGGUUUUUGUGGAUUAUAGUUGUCUGGUUUUGUUUAUCUGGUAUGGAUAUGGAGGCAAGUUUGGGUUUUUGCUGUGUUGGAGUCUCCUCUUGUAGUUCAUGUACAAAAAGAAAGGAAGAACAAAACAAAAGUCUUAGUUUUCAACAAAGCAAAAUGCAAAUGUGUUUCCGGUUUUUGUUUUCUGUACAUUAAAGAAAUAAAAGGAUCAUACAAAUGAGUCUUUUUCAAGAGAACUGUAAUCGUUGUUUUCAAUGUUUUGAUCAUUCGAGCAUUUCAUUUUCAUAGAAAACUGUAAUCUCUGUCGAG